UGACGCGCACCUAUAAAAGGCCGGUUGACUUUCAAAAACGUUCUCUUUUGCAUUUGGACAUUUACUUGAACGGGUGCAAAUUGACCAGCCUGCUGCAAAGCUAGCAAUUUUUGGAAAGCCUUUUGGAAAACACUUUGAACACUUCGUUGGACAUCCCAAACAACAAGGACCUUGUCAAGAAGAAGCUCACCGUCCGCAUGAAGAGGACGCUGGACUUCAUCUCCUGGCCGGACUCCUCCAGGUACCUCCCUUACCCCUUACCUCUCCAUCCUCCUGCCUCCUCCCUCUCUCACUAUCCUUUUGCUCCCCUCCCUCCCCCCUCCUUUCCUAUCUCCUCCUGCCCCUCUCGCUCUGCUUUUUCUCCCCUCCCUCACUCCAUCUCUCCUCCUCCUCCUCCUCCUACCUCCAUCUCUCCUUCUCCCCCUCCUCUUCCCCCUCCUCUCCUGUCUCCUCCCCUUCCUCUUCUAGGUACAGGACCUCCACUCCUCCUUCCUCCCCCGCUCCUUUCAAGCGUCGUCGCUGUUCUUCCCCCCCUCCUCCCUUCCGCCCUUGGUCCUCUUACACUCUCCCUGUCCCUCCCUCUCCCCCCACACUUUCCUCUCCACUUCCUACACCUGUCCCAACCCUAUCCCUGUCUCCUUCUAUUCCUUCUCCCCUCCUCCCUCUCCUCCUCCUUCUCCUCCUCCUCCUCUUCCCCCUCCUCUUCUAUCUCCUCCCCCCCUCGCUCUUCUUCUCCCCCUCCUCACAUCCUCACAUUCUUCUCUCUCUUUUUCCCUGACACUGUUCUUUCUCUCCUCCCUCGCUCUGACUCUCCCCCUUAUCUUCACCCAUACACUCUAGACUAGACUGUAUGAUUCUCACCUAUCUCCUCCCCCUCCUCCCUUUCGCACUCUUCUUUUUCUCCCUUCCCUCCACCUCUCUCUCCUAUCUCCUCCUCUCUUCCUUGUUCUGACCGGGCGCUGGAGUUGCAGGAUAUCGGAGGCUGCCACCACUCUUCUUCCCAUCCAAGUUUUUCUGUUGAAGGACCUCCUGACAAACGUACAGGCUCAGUCUAGUCUAUCAUGCAGGAGGUCCCCUCUUAACAAUUUUUACUAAUCAUUGUGUGAGUUUCUCUCCCCAGAAGCCUCCUGCCAGCCAACCUUCAGGGAAGAAGGUUUGCAAACCUUCCAUUCCAUUAAAUUUACCCCGUUUUAUUUGAAACAUUUUAGCUAUUUGUGAUUUUCUAGAUGUGAUCUGGUCAGAUUUUAUUUGAAUCUCUUGUGAUUAUGUCUGAUCAGAUCUAUUCCAACUUUAUUUGAAUGAGUUUUCUUCGAUUGUAUUUUGUGUGAUUCUUUGAGCUCGGUUCUUGUCGGUGGGACUCUGGUCAGGGUGCCUGUCAGAGGUGUGGGCGGAUCUGGGGGGGGAUUGUGGGAAACCUCCUGUGGUCCCCCUCCUCUUACAGUGAAGCUCCGCUCUGUCAGAAGGUGGACAGGAUGCAGACGGCAUGUCACAGAGAAGCGACAUGUGUGUGUCUGUAUCCCACCCUGGACCCACAGUGGAGUCCACAGUGACAAGAUCACAGUUCAGGAGAGUCACACCGGGAUUAAUAGGGGUGGUUAAAUGUGUUAUUUAAGAUAGUAAAUGUAGUGUGAGGGUGAAGGCCUCGCUGUCAGAGGGAAGUUUCCAGAAGAACAGGCACAUAAGGAUCCCUGUGAAUGCUGCUGCAUGAAAAGACCGAUGAUCCCGGGACCCAAGACCAAGACAAGGACGACCCCAAAAGACGACUUGAAGAUGAGUGACCGAGCCCCAACAGAGAUGAAGCCAGAGACGACGACCAGCCGGUGAGGAGAAGAAAGAACAACUUUAUCGAGACUUUACUGGAUGCACUGGUUUGUCUGCAUCUGGAGCUGCAUGUUUCUGAUCUGCUGUUAUCGGCCUCAGCAACCUCCAAACUAUUCAUCUUCUUACCUUCCACUCUACCCUCAACGCAACCAGAGGUUUUUUUUUUUAACUUCCCAGAUGGAAGUUUUUUUUCCUCACCCCAAAUGGAGUUUUUUUUUUUACUUCCUAACAACAGGAAGUUUUUUUUCCUCCACACUGGUACCAUGUGCUUGAUCUGAUCAUACUGCAUAAAGAGAGAUCCUCAAAUAAAAAAACAAAACAACACAAUAGAACUGUAUGUUUGUUUAAAAAUGUAACCUAAUGCACUCUUCUUUUUAGACUUAUUAUUGGAGAGCAUGUUUUAUGGCUAGCAAACUUCAUUCAUCUAAAAAACAUGGUUUCAAACCACUGGUUUCUCCCAAACACCUGGACUCCAUCUUAAAACUGCACAGCAUUUGAACAUACUGAUGGUUGUGUGAUUACUUGGAGUAAAUGCACGAGACAGUAAAUUUGCUAAAUACAUAGAUGCUGCAUGAUUAGUAUUAACAGAAUGUACUAAUUUGCACUGAGAUAAAAACAAAAAACUAUACUACAAAUUCUGCAGGGUUUCUAUUAUAGUAUUUUGGAUUUUUCCCACAAUGUAUCAUUGUUAUUAUUAUUAUUAUUAUUAUUAUUAUUAUUAUUAUUAUUAUCAUGUGCUGUAAGACUUUAUAACAUCAGCAUCAUUGGCUGAUGUUAACAUAAACCAGACUGAUAUCAUAUCAAACCAUAAAAUUUGCACAACAUUCUUGCACAGUGGCAUUUUUGCACUUCUGAAUUUAUUUUCAAGUAUUUAUUAGUUUUGAUUUUUCAUCCUUGUACAUAUUGUAAUUAUUAUGUUUAUUUCCUGGUGUAAAUAUGCUUGCUGCUGUAACAAUGUGAAUUUCCCCUGGCAUGGGGAGCAAUGAAACAUUAUCUUAGCUUAGCUUAUCUGUUCCGCUUGUCCUAACUUUAGCAUGACCCCGAGCUGAACGUUCUCCUUCAAACACUAAACUCUGCAGUCUCCAUUAUCCCAUCAAUCAACAUUUCUUUCAGUCCCGUGCUCAUGAAGAGAUUGAUUACAAAAUUGAAAUGCAUCAUGAUACAUUUUUUUGAGACUGCAGGUGAUUUAUGUCUGAGACAAUAACAUUUCCUGCCAUUUUUCUGGCCUCAAAUGGAUAUGAGACAUUUUUUAAUUUUAUGCGCCUUGUAAUGCACCCCUCUCAGAGGGGGAACGCUUAGAUCUUUAGAAAGACUGGGAAAGCUGAGAUGCAAAGUUCUUUUAAAUUGGUCUUUUUGAGGCUGACAAGCUCGCUGCUGAUUUUUAAUUUAGCUGGCGCCCGUCUUUGUUUCUAAAAGUAUUUCCGGUUGAUGAGUUCGGUCUGAGCCCAUUAAAGUGAGACGGUAAUAACUGGGUCAUUCCAGGUGAAAUGACCAGAUAUUCCUUGGGGGUGUUGCUGCACCAUUUUCAAAUUAGUCCGAAAUUUGCAUGCCAUUAGACAGCCACAAACGUAUUUUCUAUGCAAAAUUGUAGGCCUGUAGCUCAAAUAGUUUCUGAGUUGUGGGGGUCUGAAAUUUUCAGAAUUUGGGCUAUAAAAAGCCUCGCCAGCAUUUUUUGCAUCUUUAAGUGGUUAUUUCUCAGCCUCUAGACAUACUAGAGAGCUGUGAGUUGGUAAACAAGGCCUCUGCAUGUAGCUAGUGCCCCACAAACAUCCCCAGGUGUUUCCCUACACUCUGCAGGCCAUGGGGGCUUGCUAAAAGUGCUAAAAAUUAAGAGAUACCUACUCAUGAGUGGGGUUUGGGACCUUAAAAGUACUAGAAAUACUGCACAGAAGUGUUCUAACACCCCUGGGUUCCAUUCUUCACUGCAAAAACUGUUGCUUAGAUCGUACUCAAAAAAAUGAGGCAACAUUUUCCAAGCACUUUUCAGUAGUUUAGUGAACUUCUCUCUUUUUUGAUUUAGGAAAACUCAUAAAUGUGAAUUUCACCAAGUUAAAAAUUUUUGAGUAUAGCCUUGAAGAAAAAGCAAAAAAAUUGAGUUGAACUAACUUAAAAAACAGUCAGUUGUUAAUGACAUCAUACUUAAUACAUUAUUGUUCUUUUAUUAAGUGGCCCUUGGCCUCGUGAAGAAGCAAGUAAAGUAUCACCACACUAAAGGUUCAAUACCAGCCAGGGAGUAGUGUAAGAGAAGCUCUUAAUACACUCCUUUAAUAGUUUGUAGAUGCGUUUUCAUUUUUGUAAAGCAUCUAAUGUCCAUCUAUCCAUCAUCUGUAUAUCCUCAUUAGGGUUGUGGGGGGAUGGAGUCUAUCCCAGCUGACUUAGGGUGAAGGCAGGAGACACCCUGGACAGGUCACCAGUCUAUCACAGGGCUACAUAUAGAGACAAACAAUCACACUCACAUUCACACCUAUGGACAAUUUAGAGUUGCCAGUGAACCUCAGCCUGUUUUUGGACUGUGGGAGGACGCUAGAGAACCCGGAGAAAACCCUCACAUGCACAGGGAGAACAUGCAAACUCCAUGCAGAAAGAUCCUGGAAAGGUGAGGACGCAAACUGGGGAUCUUCCAGCUGCAAGGCAAAAGUGCUAACCACCAAGCAACUGUGCAGCACAACUAAUGUUGAUUGUAAAAUGAUUCUGCGUGUUUUCUGUAGCUAAUGACCAGGAUUUGGUUUUACUGUAUUUAGAAUCAGCCCAGAUUAGACUUUUAAAAUGUGCAAUUAAAUUAUAGUUCAUACAAUCGUAGAUUUCUUGAUGAUCAAGGUAUGUUCGUCCUCUCAUAUUGCCAGUUUUGUUAUUAAUUAAUGUUUGUUUUUGUUUUUAAUGAUAAUUUACAGAAAAUGUAGUUUUUAUUUCUUUUUAUUUACAUUUACAAUAUAAGGUGAAUAUUCUGAGUCAGUGCUCCUUUCCUGUUUCAAGAGCAAAAUUAAAUUAAAAUUAACUGAAACUUUCUUUCUACUUUGUGUAGAUCUGUACAUCUGCCAGUGUUGUAUUUGUAAGGGUAGACUGAAAUGACCAACUGAAAAACAAAUUUAUUUAUUAAAAAUUUCAAGGAAUUUUGUGGCAGUCAGUUUUUUUUCUUGCUUGUUUGAUCUGUGUUUGUUAAGGUCUAAUAGCAUAAGUACUCCAGGCGUAAUAACAUUAGAUUAAAAAUGUGGUAUGUAUUUUAUAUUUCGUAACUGACUUCGUUUCAAAGUAAUAUGCUCCAUCCCUGCCUUCAACACGUCCAUCCUGAAGCGGAACAAAAAACUUGGACACGUCAGCUGUGGGUACCGGACACAUUUAGGUGCCGCACACAUCGCAUUUCCUGGUUUGUGUUGAUGUCCACCGAUGUAAGCAGUGUGAAACUAAACGGUAGUCUUUUUCUCGUGUUUCUUACCUCUGUUGAGAUGCUGCCGGCUUUCGAUUGAACAAACUAAAUAGAAAUCGAUGUUCCGCUGAUUGGUUCUGUGAUUCAGCCGCUUGUGUUCUGUUCUUUGAUUUGGCAUGUUGUCAUCACCAGAUUCACUGAGGGUGCAGCAGGUUUGAUGCCCACUGCUCCCAUCAUGGAGCCCUCAGAUUUGAUCUCGCACAAAAACGGGAGGCAGAGGAAGAUGACUACCCUGCCGUCUGAAAACAUGAGGGAUGUGGACAGGGGAGAGACGAGCUCCCCUGAGCCGGAAGUAGAAGAGGAAGCUGAGGGUCUCAUCAGAGGGUCGGACUCCGAGGACAGGAGGCGUCGCAAAGCCCGGCCUGGGAUCCGUGGCGAGCUGGGAAACAUCCUUCUUCUUCUGUUCCUCUAUGUGCUGCAGGGGAUUCCUCUGGGACUGGCUGGCAGCAUCCCACUGAUAUUGCAGAGUAAGAACGUCAGCUACAAAGAUCAAGCUUUCUUCAGCUUCGUCUUCUGGCCAUUUAGUCUCAAGCUUUUCUGGGCACCGCUGGUGGAUGCACUAUACUUCAGCAGGUUUGGCAGAAGAAAGUCAUGGCUGGUGCCUACACAGUACCUCCUGGGCCUCUUCAUGCUCUACCUUUCUUUAGCGGUCAACUCGCUGCUGCAGAGGGAGACAGGACCUUGUGUAGUAACACUUACUGCAGUCUUCUUUAUGCUUGCCUUCCUGGCAGCCACACAGGAUAUCGCUGUGGAUGGCUGGGCCCUGACUAUGUUGUCCCGAGAAAAUGUGGGAUAUGCGUCUACAUGCAACUCUGUAGGCCAGACAGCAGGUUACUUCCUGGGGAAUGUGCUCUUUCUGGCUCUGGAGUCGGCAGACUUUUGCAACAAAUACCUUAGAUUAGAGCCCAAGGACACAGGCAUCGUCACCUUGCCAGAUUUCUUGUUUUUUUGGGGAAUCGUGUUCCUGGUUUCCACCACGCUGGUGGCCAUCUUUAAAAGGGAAAAUGAACAUGGCAAAGGGAAGAGGAAAGUUCCAGAGGAGACACAAGGCGUCAUGGAAACCUACAAGUUGCUGUUCUCCAUCAUCAAGAUGCCCACAGUCUUCACCUUUUGUGUCCUGCUUCUCACUGCCAAAGUGGGCUUCUCUGCAGCAGAUGCAGUUACAGGUCUGAAGCUGGUGGAGGCUGGAGUUCCCAAGGAGCAGCUGGCAUUGCUGGCAGUGCCCAUGGUGCCUCUGCAGAUCCUUCUGCCGGUGGUCAUCAGUAAAUACACAGCAGGGCCCCGACCUCUGGAUGUCUUCUACAAGGCCUUCCCUUUUAGGUUGCUUAUAGGGCUGGAGUAUGCUCUGCUGGUGUGGUGGACUCCCAGUGUAAAACAAGAAGGAGGAUUCCCCCUUUACUACUUUGCCAUUGUGCUGCUAAGCUACGCAUUGCAUCAGGUGGCGUUGUACAGUAUGUAUGUGGCCUGCAUGGCUUUCCACGCCAAAGUGAGCGACCCCCUCAUCGGUGGGACCUACAUGACCCUGCUCAACACGGUCACCAACCUCGGAGGAAACUGGCCUUCCACGGUCGCUCUGUGGAUGGUUGAUCCACUGACUUGGAAGGAAUGCCAGGGGGCUGUGGGGCAGAGCUGUGGCUCCCCAGAAGAGGCAGGGCUGUGCGUGAAGGAAGGCGGCGCUUGUGUGACGACGCUGGACGGCUACUAUGUGGAGUCUGUGGUGUGCGUUGUGAUUGGUUUAGCCUGGUGGGUGUGGUUAGGGAAGAAAAUGAAGCGGCUGCAGGAGCAGAGCCCUGCUGCAUGGAGGUGCAGGAUCAACCAGUGACAACACUCCCAUCAUUCAAACCACAGACACUUCUUGGUGGACUGUAACUGCAUAUAUUCCAAAAACGGCUAAUUGCUGGACGUACUGUAAUUCCAUCCUCAUCCGUCUGGUGUGUUUCCUUCGGUCCUGCAGUAGCUGCUACAUUCUGCAAACAUUUCCCCUCACUCUUUCUUGCUUCGGUCGCCAUAAACUACAUGCAUAUGAAGAAGUUGACCGUUGUUGUCUUCUCUGGAGGUAAAACUCUCUCUCAUUGUUACUCUUGUGUCCCACUGAAAGCUGAAACAACUAGACAGACUAGCUACCAACUUAGAAAGAAACACAUAUUUUUCUGACACCGUGUACUGCUGCUUGAAAUAGCUUCACCAAACCAGAGGUGAGUCAAAGAGUAUGUUCAAGUAAUUCUCUGGGUUUCUUUUAACCUGCUUGGAUAAUCAAGUUAAGCUGCUCUGUGUGAUUUUUGCAUUUUAUCCAGAACUACAAGUGCGCAAUCUAAUAUGUCGAUAUUUUCCAACUGUUCUAGCCCGUUGCUGUUACAACACAAAUUGUUUCCACCAAACUGCCGAGAACACGAAGUCUCUCCUGUAGUGGAAUUAACAUGUUUUUAUGCAGACUUUUAUUAUGGCGAGCAAGAUAAGACUACUACUUUAAGUCACCUGUAAAACAUGCUAGAUUUAUUUUUAUGCAACAUUCUUGAACAAAACUGUAAAGUUUGAGCCUGACGGGCGUUCUCUACCUGUCCCUGUUCAUCUUGGUUGAUGCUGAUUUCGUUUUCAAGACUUUAUCUGCUCAUACACAGGAUGAUGCUGACAUCUUUGUGCUUCCCUUCCCCAAACAGCAGCAAGGAAUCAGCAUUUGAAAUCUGAACCCUGACCCCACAUAAAUAUUCUCCCUACUUCAGACCUUCCUGGCCAUCAGGAGGGAAAAGCCAUACAGCUGCACACAUUCGCUCCAACUGUGUGAAUGUGUGUGGAUAUGAUUUCCUACCUGUGUCUGACCCGAUGCAGGUUAAAUGAAGUUAAACCCGGAGUGAAGAUUAUCUUUCAUUGCUGUUUGACUCAGAUCUAAACCAAAUUUUUAAAAAAAAUGAUUAUUUAAUUAGAUUUUUUUUCCCCCUCCUAAGUAAUUUGUGCCUUGUUUAGUUUUUCUAUAUUGCAGGCAGGGAAUAUUACUAUAAUGGUUUGAAUAUGAAGUUGAAGUGAUGAGUAGUCAUUGUGUAACACUGCUUUCACUGAUAUGCUGUGGUUUGGUAAGCGACAUAAAACAUCACCGGUGCUUUCACAUUUCUUUCUCUUAAUGAAGCUGAGCGCACAUUCCUUAUGAAGAAUUUCAUUUGCACACUUCCUAAUACAAAAUACAGUCAGUGCUUAUAUGAACUGAGGUGGCUUAUCGCUUCAUUGGAGCAUUUUUUUCCCCAUUCCUUAAAUGUCAUUAGUUUAAUCCCUUAUAGGACCAAUUAAAAAGCUUAAUAGCAUUUUGGUCGGCACAGGUUUUUACUGUUGAACCAUCUUGGUUUUCGAUAGGGCCUGCCUGGUAUGAUUAUAUUUUGCAUAUUCCCCCUUUCAGCCAGACGCUAGUGGAGGAUAAGCAGCCGCAUUCAGUUUUAUGACUGAAUAUAUUGUAUACUCAUUUUUAAUGCAACCCAUUAUUACAUCCAUAGAGUCGGUCUAAACAGGGAGUGUACUGUAUAUCGAGGAUCCGUUGGCAGAUUCCAUCUUAGUGGGACAUUAACACCAGCCAUCAGGGAGGAGGAGUCACAUUCAUCUGUACUGUGUUUAUCUGCUUGGCAGUUAUCAAGCUUCCCCAAAGAGCCUUAUUCUAGACUUUUUGUCAUCUUAUCAUUAAAUAAACAGUGUGUGUAGCAGGUACAUGUGGAGUUUUAUCACCUGCUGUUGCUUAGUAUGAAUAUAUUGAAUUUAUUGCCCACAAAACUAUCCAGAUCCCAGACCAGCAGAAACUCAAUAAGCAAACGCUCUGCUUAUGUGUUUCAUACUGUACGCAGAAGUGAACGUUACAGUAUUUUCUCUAAAGCCAGCACUAUAACUCCAACUGCUUUGUUAAAUGUUGAAGUGCACAAUCAGGGUUCAUGUGAGGGUAAGAUUCGUUUUUGUUUUGCAUAGUGUCUGAUUACUUGUGCUGACUUUUUUUUUGAAUCGCAGGUAAAAAGUCACAUUUUUCUGGAUUACUGUGGCAGAGAUUUCUUUUUUCAUUUGCCCUCAAUCUGCUUCCUCUGAAAUGUACAGACGUCCGUCACACUGGACAUUUUCACUCACACAACUUCAGAUGUCAUGUUUAUGGGGCCUUUCAUGUUUGUUUGUGGCAGAAUGUUUUUUUUAAUGACUCAUUCUGAGUCUCUAUCUGGCAUUAAGAGAGCACUAAAUUUGUUGUUUUGGUUUUCUCUGAGAAAAUUAGUAGUAGUCUGUCAUUUAAUUUCAACAUAUGCAUCUGUUUUCUAAUGUUUUCAGAUGGUGGUAAACUACUGUGAUGUCAGCUACAAAAAUUGCUCUUAAUUUAUCUUCAAUUACCUUAUAAUCCAUUUAAGUUUCUGAUUUUUUUUAAAAUGUUGUGCAGUUUUUGUUUACAAGUCCAAAUACCCAAUCACAAAAAGAAACAUAGCACAGUGUGAGGACAUCUUGAUCAAUUUUAAUAUGCUAGCAGCAGUGCUCUAUAAUGUUCGGAUGAUGACCUCUGACAUUCAUAGGAUGCAAUAUUUAUUAGAUUUGAAACAAAUUAAUAUUAAAAAAUAUGUGCAUUCCUCAA